CAACCGUCACCUUGGGUCCGCUCGAUUUUCAGACAUCCCCGUUUUCUUUAUCUCCAUUACUCAGUCAGUUCCUUCUUGAAUUUAUACUCGCCGGUGUAUGCCUGGGAGCAAACCGUGCGUACCUGUCCUCUAAACCCCGCCCAUUCAGUCCCCACUUUCACUGUAGGAAUAACGGCUAGCUUAAUUAGCUUAGCGGUGUUGCUGCGGUUGAAAGAUGGUCAUAUUCAUCUUCUGCUGUUUAUGAACGGUAACAACGCGAACAGUCCACGUCAACAGUUGUAGUGAUAGAUAAUAAAUCCAGGAUGUGCUCCGUUGUCGGCUGUGAUUCGUGGCGUCGCAGUGCGCAACGGUUCAAGUUACCGGAGGAUCCAGAGAGGAGGCUGGAGUGGGUCCAGUUUCUCGCCACAGUCAAUAAACAGCGAUUUAAAGAGUCGUCCUGGACUGACAUUACAAUCUGUAGCGAACACUUUAAAGCUGACUGCUUUGACAAACCGACACCGAGCCGCUCAGGUGUGACUGGCACGGCCCAGCUCAUGUUAAAUCCCAGUGCUGUCCCAUCAGUGUGUGUCAAGUCAGAGUCAGAGGAGCCUGAGACAAAUCUGAGGAGCCCAAAAGUGGAGCCUGAGGAAACCACAGAAGUUACUUGUGAGCGAGAUCAGCUUAAACCAUGUGGUGGUCCAACUUCCUCUUCUGAAGAAUCAAAGCUUUUAAUGGCAGACCGAGGAAGCCCGGUCCCAACAGAUGUCUCAUGUUCAUCUGAUGCUUCAGAUGCUGUUAUAUCUGUACAUGGCCAGAUGCAACCACAAAAUAAAAAUUUUGAUUUGAUCAGAGAAAAAGCCGCACUUGUGCAGACGAAAGGAAAGUAUGUUGUGAAUGAAAAACGCCUCCUCCAGUUGUUCAGCCACAAGUGCCCAUUAUGUGGCUCUGAAGUCAAGACAGAGAAGGUCACCCAUGGGGUGGUCAUCAUCUUGAACCAACAGUGCCUGCAGUGUGAGUACAGAAACCAGUGGAAAAGCCAAGUCAGUGCUAAAGUCCCAACAGCUGAAGAUCAGCACCUGACAGGAGGCACAGAAGUAACUCCAGAGACCCAACAGGCAGCGCCAACAGAUGACACCCAUAUCCCAGGGGUCCCUCAGGUUGAUGCUGUUAUUGAUGAGGAGAAUGACACCAUGGAUGAAUCGAGUGAUCAGGAUAAUGUGGAUUCAGACGAAGAUUGGAAGCCAGCGAAGCAUUUCUUGGUGCGUGGAGUGCUUAAAAAGACACCUGACGACAAAAUCAAAGAUCAAGAUGAUGAUCCUCCUCCACCUGCCCCCAAAAACAGUGAGCUCUGCACAGAGUGUGGGACAUUUUUUAAUAAACAGAAGCCUCACACAUGUGAGCACAAGAUUAAACCCUAUUCCUGCAGUAUUUGUGGUAAGAGAUGUGUCAGUGAGACCGCUUUAAAUACUCACAGCAGAAUCCACAAUGAAAACUACGAACAUCGGUGCAAAUUCUGUCACGCUACUUUCAAAACAAAGGCGGGCAAAGUCACACAUGAGCAGGUUCACGUAACUCAAGGAAAACCUUACAAAUGUCCAGAUUGUUCAGAGACAUUUGCCACAAACAAGGAACGCAGAAUCCACCUGGAGGAUCACAGAGGCCCCCCGCAGUUAAAAUGUGACAUUUGUGGAACUGAAUUCCUCUGGCCACUUUCUCUCCAGAGACACUUAGCUGUGCACACAGGACUGAAGCCGUUCAAGUGUUCAGUGUGCCAACGAGGCUUCAACCAGGCGAGCCACCUGAAAUCCCACAUGCGUCUGCACACAGGGGAGAGACCUUUUAAAUGUCAGCAUUGUGGUGAACGCUUCAAUCACAACGUGAGCUUAAAGAGUCACGUCCAGCGUUACCACACAUCUGAUUCUGGUCAUGAACAGAAGAAGAUUAACACUGAGGAAGAGGAAGACCCAGACUCAGAAGAUGAAGUGCAGAAGAGAACAUAUAGACCUAAAAAUAAAAGGAAAACCACAGGCAGGCCCAUAGGAAGACCUAAGAGCCAUGAACCAAGCAACUUACAGGAAGGCCAGUGUUCAAACACCAAUACUGGAAAUCUGCAAGGGCAGAUGUUAAAGAGAGCACAAUGCAGUGAUGAAGAAAGUAAGGACAGUGGCACAGCCUUUGAUUCAGCAGAGGCGGAGGAGAAGAGCUGCAAGGAGGCAACAAAGAAAAAUUCUGAUAGUGACUCAGAUUUUGACCCAGAAAAGAGAAAGAAAAAAAGGAACAGCAGCCAGAGCGGCGGUAAAAGCUCUGGGAAGCGUAGAGGAAAACCAUGUAAGAGUGUUGAAGAAGAGUCUUAAAAUGAAAGGAGAUCAAGAAUCAAUUUGGUUUGGGGGAUAAACUCUUGUUCACCCAGGAGACUUGUGCACCCCAUAUAGGCUGAGUCCUCUGCAGCAGCCCGGGCCCUUUCCUGUCACUCUUCAGCUUCACUAUAAUAAAGGCAAAAAGCCCUAAAAAUAAUUGAUUUAAACAAUUGUGAAACAAACACCCAUAAAGUGGACUGAUUUCCUAAAAAGAAAAUAUGACAAAGCAAGUGCAGUUAGGCCAGGGUGUGAGUCAAAUUUCAUUGCUUGCCUUUUACUGUUAAGUGAAGGUAUUGCUUUGAUUUUAACUGUUGGGAACUUUUGAAAUGUAGUAGCUUACAGAUUAGUUACCCUGUUUAAAAAGGUAAUAAGUAUUUCAAUUACUUGAUCAAAGUAAUGUAAAUUAAUAUUGUACUUAUGAGUAGUGCAUAAAUGUUGUACUGAAAUUUGUUCUGAAGGCUUUGCUGACCUGCAUUGUCCGAAAAUAUGCCAAAAGUAGAAAUACCUGCAUGGCGGAAAGAUGCAAAACAACAGAAUUAAUUAAAUUAAUUUUACCCAAACCCUUUUUAAUCCCUAAUAUUUUAAGUAACUGUAAUUUAAUUACAUAUUUUUUCUCGAUAAAUAUAAGUGAUUACAAGUAAAUUAAUUUAAUGACAUAACUCUGAUACAUGUAACUUGUGACUGCCCAACACUGAAUUUCAAGAUAGUUUUUAUUCCUGUUACCUGAUGUGUAUACUAUGAGAUCAAAGUGGAUUAAAGUAUAUUAAACAGGGCUGAUGUGACACCACUGAAUCUCAAUCUUUAGAAAGUUAUUUGUUAACACAACAAAAUGUAAUAUGUAAUGUGUGCUGUACAUUAUAGAGGGGGAAUACACUUUAUGGCAGACUGAGAAUGCAGUCUGUAUCCCACUUUAACUUGUGCUAGGAAAGCAGAAACUCCAUAUUCACAGACGUCAUAAGACAUGAUCUGA